CGGAAAAAAAUGGCGGACGAUGGAGAGAUUGACAUCGAAGGAGAUUUUGAAUUGAAAUUAGAGUCAGACAGCAGCGUCAGUUAUGACCUUAAUGAGCUUCCAUCCAAAAGUGCCAACCUGCUCCCAGAGUUCACCAAUCCACCCUGGAUGUUAGAACAGGGAUGGAGCCUAGAUGCCUGUUUAGAUGAGAAGAGUAAAGCGACUAUUGAGAAGAUGCUUCAGGAAGAACAAAACUAUCUAAAUGGUCGAACUGUUCCCAAGUCCCCCAUAAAAUCAGACCAUAGGAAAGGCUCUACUCACAAGAAGCCCUGGACCGAGGAGGAAAAGCAGUACUUCAUCAAGGGAUUGGAGAUGUAUGGAAGAAGUUGGACCAAAAUCUCAGAGCUGAUACCCUCCAGAACUAGUCUGCAGGUGAAGAACUAUGCACAGCAGCAUUUUAAACAACAGAACAAGCUGGCUGAGGCUAAGGCUCGUGUAAAUCAGGACCCACCUUCACAGGUCAGUUUACCGGCCUCCCUAAAUACCACACUGGCGUCCGUGACAACUGGUCAGCCCACAGUACAGGCGGGUCUUGCCUCCAGGAUGUCUCGUCAGAGGUCUGCAGGCUCAGAUGUCAUCUCUUCGCAUGAUUUAUCUCCCCUGAAGUUAGGCCUGGGCUCCAGUCUGCUCCAGAUCUCCUCACCCUCUGACAGUCUCGGGGUCCUGGGUGGAGACUUGGAUGGGGUGCUUCUCGUAAGAGACGUCCCUGGGGACAACCUGCUGUCUCCUGGGGGAUCCAGCGUCCCUGAUAAUUCCUCAAGCCCCGGGGAAGAUGAGGAUGUGGACAUUGAUAUUGAAAACGAAGAUGCAGAGGAUAACCUCAUCUUACAAAGCCGCUCGGCAUCGCCUAGUUCCGUGUAUGAAGCCCUGCUCAAAUCCGCAAACAUCAGAAACAGAAAGCACAUCAGCACGUUAGUUACCGCAGAGAGUUCAGUGGAAAAUGGCAGAUUGGCUUCUGACGGAGACUCAUUAAGCAGGGGAGCUGCGUCUCCAGAGUCUCAAGAGGAAUCCAGAGGCCAGCCAGAGACAGUGUCUACGAUUCAGGAUGAUUCUGUAGUCACAAAUGGCUUAGCUGAGCAGAGGCCCGAAAUGUCUACGACGCCAGUAGUCAGUGGGGGAGACCUGGGUCAGACAUAUUGUAAUACCAUUGUCACAUCUAAUGGUGAUGUCAUAGAGCUGGACAUACCAAAGAAGGAAUGCGUUUUUGAAAGAAACAAAAUAACAGACGAAGAGAAACGUGUACAUACUGAAUUCUUCGAUGGCCGGCCAUCAAAAACACCGCAGAGAUAUCUAAAGAUACGCAAUUACAUCCUUGAUUCAUGGUCCAAGUGCAAACCAGAAUAUUUAAAUAAAACAUCAGUGAGACCAGGAUUGAAGAACUGUGGUGAUGUGAACUGUAUAGGACGGAUCCAUUCCUAUCUGGAGCAGUGUGGUGCUAUUAACUUUGGCUGUGAGCAGGCCUGCUACAAUCGUCCUUUGAAGUCGGGUAUUACCAAAGAGAGGUCUGUGGAGGACAAGUUGUCUUUGAGUGUGGAGAAGAUGGAAGCCAUGCGUCCAAGAAAGCGGAAGAUUCGAGACCCAUUUGGCUUUUGGGUAGAUGAGAAAGAUGCUGAAGGAAAAACAAUAGAUCACACUGCCCUUGAUCAGUCAACCCAGUCAUCAUCAAAGUCCUCAAGACUGGAUAGAUAUGAUCCGUUCAAACUGAUCCCCUGUUGUAACUUUGAUGAUAAAGAGCCACCGUUUGCUGUGGAGAUGCACAGCACGGCCCUAGCUAUUGUGGACAUCCAUGCUCAUGUGUCUAAGACUGAGGUGAUUGGUCUGUUGGGAGGGCAGUACCAGGAGGGGAGGUUAGAGAUCGUUACUGCUGUCCCGUGUGUCAGUGUCAGCACAGGCAUGCAGUGUGAGAUGGACCCAGUAUCCCAGACAGUAGCAGGGGAGAAGAUCGGCAGCCAGGGACUGAACAUAGUAGGCUGGUACCACUCCCAUCCAACGUUUGCCCCUAAUCCUUCUGUAAGGGAUCUGGAGACACAGCUCAAAUUCCAGGAUUGGUUUGCAAAAGGUGGCUCCAACUUCGUGGGAAUGAUCGUGAAUCCGUACAAGCGUUGUGGCUCGGCCAUUCAGUCAGAGUUUAGGUGUUUGAUGGUCAGUGAUGAGACCAGUCAGAAUGGACACUGCAACGUGCCAUAUCAGUUUGAUUUUAAAGUGGCUCAGCACAAGUUCAGUGCUGAUGUGGUUGUGUCUGCGUCAGAGGAGGUUGUGUGCAGACAUGGUGAUAACCCUCAUCGGGUGGACUUACUCAGCAUGUACCGAGCCAGCGACAACCUGAUCUGCCUGGACAAGAUGUUACAGUCACUUCAGAGUUAUCUACCCUUGGAGACGGACGGAAUUUCAAGUUUUCUCGGCUGCAUCAGAGAUAUGUUUGGCCAAAGAUUUACCAGUGAUGAUAUUGCAAUUGACAUCAAAGAUGAGACAGACUUUGACAUUGUUGCGGAGGACACAGCCGUAUCAUAGCACCGUUUUACACUUCAUACGAGUCUCUUGUCCAGCAUUUCCUGCUGUUUGUCUCAACAAAGUUGGUUGUUUUUUUAUUUAAGGAGUUGUGAUCUUUAACGUUAAGAUUGUGCUGUGUGGAAUCAGAGGUGUUCAUGUUGUAUUUAUCAUGGAGAUAAAUUUGUUCAAAUG